AUGUCCGGGCCAUGUGGGCUUGAUAAAGGCGUUUCGUGGAACGGGAACAGGGAUGGGAACGGGAACGAAAUAUGGGCCAUGGGCACCGUUACCAAACUAUUCUUUGUGGACGUUGUCGUGGGUCGUCUUUGCGCAUCAGUGAUGCAGUGUAUGUGGCUCCAUGUCGGUUCAGGGCAAGGGACACGAUGUCCGUUGAUCUUGCAAGCUAUCGAAAAGUCCGUCUCUGAAGGCCGUCUUCGGGUCGGAUGUCAACUUGAGCACAGGGUCUCACGGUCUGUGCUGUCACAGAGCACAGAACGCCGUGAUCAGCUGAGCUAG